AGUGUUGGCUCGGAACUGUUUCUAAAGAUUUCCUUUGCAACUAUACUAAAAAUAUAAAAUAGGUGCUACCUUUCCAAAGUUUAGUAUCGGGUGCAUUUGUGUGUGGUGCUUCAAGAACCAAAUUAAAGGCGAAGGCAAAAGGCAUUGUGUACCUAGACCUACCUGGGGUUAAAGUAAUAAAUUUGCAUCUGGUGUUUAGCUGGCAGAAAGCUUUUCAUUUAGCGCUUUCUGGGUUCUUUUUCGGUUUAAUCGAAUUCUAAACGUUGAGCUAACAUCACGUCUCGUUGUCGUCCUCGUCGUCGUUGACGCUAAUAUUACGUUCGAGUCGCGUCUCGUGGUCUAUUUGGAGUUCAAGUUAUAUUAUUGUAUAUAGUGCGUCUGUGCUAGUCCUUAUAUCCUUCAUAGGUUUUAGGUACAUACCUUUAUUCGAAGUGUAUCUGGAUCUGGGCAAUAAGAGAAUUGUUCUUCUUCUUAAAUCAUUGAGAGGUCCUUUGGAGGUUUGGAUUGACUUCGACUUGUAUUUUAUGACUUCUCGUGCAUCGUCAAAUUAAAAACGUGCAAGGAAUUUGACGGUUGUUUAAAUUCGAUUUUAUUUUAAUUUUCUUGAAAUUUUGAUUUCAUUUUAAAGGAAUACGAAAACGCAAACCAAUUAAAUAACUUUUUUCUGUUUUGUUUUUAAUUCGAAAUUUAAUGUGAUUGAAUUUUUAGAUUUGUUUUCAAAAAGAAAAAAGAUUAGAAUAAUAUUGUGAAUUAGUAAUUAAGGUGGCAAAGUGUUUCUAUACACCUUUCGUCCUUUUUUCUUUCUAAGAAGGAGGUUGUAAUAAUUGUACGCCAUCAGCUAUACAAUUUAAGCCAUUUUGUUUUUGUGAUUAAGUGUAAAGGAGUAAUGAUUGUUUUAUAAAUAUAAAAAAGCAAAACAUAAAGAAAAACGGAAAUCACUCAGGCGAUACAUAAGACAGCCUGCUGAAAAGGGAUUACUUGAUUGAUAAAAGGAAAGCAAGUACUAAAAAAGGAUAUAAUAUCAUCCGACAGGCGAGGAGAGUGAUUCACACCCUAAGGGAAGGAACAGUAAUAAUACACAUUAAAUCAAAUGCCAGCCCGAAAGGGGCUGCUAGCGCCCCAAAAUACUUUUUUGGAUACAAUUGCAACACGUUUCGAUGGAACUCAUUCAAAUUUUGUGCUGGGAAAUGCUCAAGCAAAUGCCAAUCCAAUCGUUUAUUGUUCGGAUGGCUUCGUGGAGCUAACAGGAUAUUCUCGGGCCCAAAUAAUGCAAAAAGGAUGUUCAUGCCAUUUUUUAUACGGGCCCGAAACUAAGGAGGAACAUAAAUUACAAAUUGAGAAAAGUCUGAGCAAUAAAAUGGAACUAAAGUUGGAAGUUAUUUUUUAUAAAAAAGAUGGAUCACCAUUUUGGUGUCUUUUUGAUAUUGUGCCAAUCAAAAAUGAGAAACGUGAUGUUGUGCUUUUUCUGGCAUCUCACAAGGACAUAACUCACACAAAAAUGCUGGAGAUGAAUUCAACGGAUGAAUGUGAUAGCGCCGCCUUAUUAGGAGCCCGUUUUCGUUCAGCUUCUGAUGCGUCAAUGCUUGGUGAUACAAAUGGUGCGAAUAGCUUGCAAGUGCCCGAUGGUUGUAAUAUGGGACGAAGAAGAUCAAGAGCUGUACUUUAUCAAUUGUCAGGACAUUAUAAACCAGAAAAAGUUAAAACGAAGUUAAAACUUGGAAAUAAUCUUCUGCAUUCUACCGAGGCUCCAUUUCCAGAAUAUAAAACGCAAUCAUUGAAAAAGUCCAAAUUCAUUCUGCCACAUUAUGGAGUGUUUAAGGGAUUUUGGGAUUGGAUUAUUUUAGUGGCUACGUUCUAUGUAGCUAUUUUGGUGCCAUUUAAUGCAGCUUUUGCUAAAGCUGACCGACAAACCAUGGUAUCGGAUGUGAUUGUCGAAGCUCUUUUUAUAGUUGAUAUUUUACUCAAUUUUCGGACAACUUUUGUAUCAAGCAAAGGUGAAGUUGUAUCAGAUUCAAAACUCAUAGCUAUCAAUUAUUUGCGGGGAUGGUUUGUGGUUGAUCUUCUCGCUGCAUUGCCGUUUGACCAUUUGUAUGCCUCUGAUUUGUAUAAUGGAGAGGAAUCGCAUAUCCAUCUUGUGAAGUUAACAAGACUUUUGCGACUUGCUCGCCUCCUGCAAAAAUUGGACAGAUACUCACAAUACACGGCAUUGGUCCUGACACUCCUGAUGUUGUGCUUCUCGUUGGUGGCACAUUGGCUCGCGUGUAUCUGGUAUGUCAUCGCUGAAAAGGAGAACAUGAUAAAUGACAAUGGAUGGGAUAUCGGUUGGAUGCACAGUCUUUCGGAACGUUUAAAAAUUCCCAUUUCCAACAUCACGAACGCUGAAGCCUACUCAACAGCACUCUACUUCACAUUCACGAGUCUCACAUCGGUUGGCUUUGGUAAUGUUUCUGCCAACACAACUGCCGAAAAAGUCUUUACCAUUUUGAUGAUGUUAAUUGGAGCUUUAAUGCAUGCCGUUGUCUUUGGUAAUGUGACCGCAAUUAUACAAAGGAUGUACUCUAGACGUUCGUUAUAUGAGAGCAAAUGGAGAGAUCUAAAGGACUUCAUUGCCCUGCAUCAGGUACGUAUGGGCAAUUGCAUUAGAAUUAUGAACUCGCACAACCUUAAACGGGAAUAUACCAACUCGCCUGCACUGAUGCCGAAAGAAUUGAAACAAAGGAUCGAGGACUAUUUCCAAACAAGUUGGUCCCUCAACCAUGGAAUAGAUAUUUAUGAGACACUUCGCGAGUUUCCGGAAGAGCUUCGGGGCGAUGUUUCCAUGCAUCUACAUCGUGAAAUACUUCAGCUGCCAAUUUUUGAAGCAGCAUCGCAGGGCUGUUUGAAACUUCUUUCGUUGCAUAUAAAAACGAAUUUCUGUGCACCCGGUGAAUUUCUCAUCCACAGAGGGGAUGCGUUAAAUUAUAUUUAUUACUUGUGCAAUGGUUCAAUGGAAGUUAUCAAAGACGAAAUGGUUGUGGCUAUCCUUGGUAAGGGAGAUCUUGUUGGAUGUGACAUAAACGUGCAUCUGGUAGCAACAUCAAAUGGACAGAUGACAGCUACAACAAACAGUGCAGGUCAGGAUAUCGUGGUUCGGAGCAGUAGUGAUGUUAAGUUUUUGGUGGCCUAA